CUUUUUGGGGAUGUGGGAGGAAACCGGAGUACCCGGAGAAAACUCAUGCAAACUCCAAACAGAUGAGGCUGGACUUGAACCAUGGUGCUCAGAACUGUGAGGCAGAUGUGCUAACCAGUAGGGCACCGUGCCACCACGUUCGAUUUUUUUUUUUUCAUGUAAAAUGUGUGCCUUGGCUUGACACACCUUAUUUCACCCAAACAAAAGGUGGAAAAGUGACAUGCACACAGGUGGAGUAAGUACACAAGGACUCGGGUCCAGUGACGUCACAGUGGCGCCCUCCUGCGAAGUUACCAGGGCGGGUCGUGCGCCAACCCCACGGUCUCGUCACGCGUGGAUACCCCUUUAAAAGGCUAACCAUGUUGCCAUCACAUGCUCCGGCGGCGCGCGAGUAGGAUGUAGACGUCCCUUCUUCUUCUUCACCUUCUUCUUUCUGAACAUUAGGGGAGGGGGAGCCAGGAAUCACGCACCAGCCCGGAGACUUUUUCACAUUCGGAUUCCGGCGGAGCCUGGCUGUCUGCCGCCCGGGCUGUUGUUCCGCACGCUGGCCGCGAGAGGCUCCGUGUAGCGGCUACAAGCGAGCCGAGCUGGCCGAGCUGGGCUGGCGGUUCCUGGGAUCGCUGGAAGUGGUGGAAGCGCCGUUGACCCGAGCUCCGAGUUGUUGGAAAGACGAAGUUCGAAAAAUCGAUCGAUCGAGCGGAAGAGGGCUCGUUGGAUCGGAUUAUUGGGAAGCGGUGCCCCCGGCCGGCUGGACCCUCGCGCCAAGGAGCUUGAAACGGCUGCGAGGCUCAACUCCAUCGCGUUUGCUUCAACGAGCAACCAGGAAGAACACACUCGUGCACGCGCACGUCCACAACGCCACCGAGCGUCCUCCACUCCUCCCCAGCUCUCCCAGUCAGGGGGGCCGUGCCAUCAUCGCACCAGUCCGGUUCCUUCGCCUCGCUCCCGGGCGCAGGCUCUCGACGCCCCCCGCAACCCCCCACCCCACCACCCGCCCACCGGCAAGGCAGCAGGAAGUGCGGCGGUAAGUUGUCGCCUCGAUCGCGGUCGUCGCCAACUUGGGCUGCCUCCAGAAGCAUGUGAUGACCCACACCAGGCUUAAGGGUUCCGGCCGGGACCGCCACCCUCCGCGGCCACACGGCGACGCUAUGGGCGGGGACCAGGCCGAGCGUGCCCUCCGCUUUGGCCGGACAAAGAAGAUCGGCGAGGUCACCCGGCGAAGGAAAAAUGACAAAGCGAUGAAGGACAAGAGGGCCAGUAAAGCGGAGGAAAAGAAGUGGGACAGGAAAUUGUAUCCUCUGCGAGGGAGGCUUGGAGAGGGCCUCAGCUGCCACGUCCUCCUCACGAGGUUGGAGGAAAGCAUCCGAAAGAAGGCUGAAGAGAGAUCUCUCAAAGACAAGUCCAGGAAAGGGAAGCAAGCCGAGGCCAAGUUAGCAUCUAAAGUCAAAUCAAUGUUUUCAAGCACUCACAUUUCGCAACCCCGCAAGCGACGCCUGGCCUCCCUCAACGCCGAGGCCGUCAAUAGUCUGCUCCUGGAAAGAGCCACCGACUUCCAACUGGCAGCCAAGUUGGCCAAAAGACACCAGGAGGAACCCGUCAAUGGAGGAGGUUCCCGGGAUGUAGCGGCACCUCCGAAGGCCUCCCGAUGGACCGUCUCUAAACCGUGCCCGUCCCGUAAAUUUGACCAAUUGUCCAAAAAGGUCAACAAAGCCAGGAGCACCAGAGUAGACGUGAAUCGAGCCUUGAGUUUGGAGAUUCUGGAUACGCCGACGCCAAGGCGACUGGCCGGACUCAACGCUGCCGCCCUGCUGAAGUUGACCAGCUCAUCUGCUGUGUCUAAGCAACGUGUCAAGACCGUACCUACCGCUACCACCACGUCGGACUGCAAGACACCUGCCCUGAUCCAGACUCAAAAACAGCCCCCCAGAGUCAAACACAAAGAGUGCUUCCAAAAGCAAAAAGAGGCUCCGGUGAAGGCCUCCCUCAUGCACUGCAGCUGCAGAGCCUGCAAGGAGAAGGCCGACUUUGAGCCCAAAGUGGAGUGGGAGUCCGGCAACCACGUUCUGGCCAAACCGGGCUACCAGUCCCGGAGCAUGUUAGGCUACUCCCUCAAGAACGUGAAGGAAGAGCAGCUGGAAACUGAGCUGAGCCCCUGCUACUGCUGCCCCCCUCAGGACUCUGUGGAGUACUGCCACCGCCUGGCCUUCUUCCUGAGCCACCCCGAGUCGGGCGACCGUGGCUCCCUGGGCUCGGGGGGCACCCCCGUUAAACACGAGUGCCUGGUGACCACGCAGUCCCUGACGCACUCCCACCCGACGCUCACCCUCAGCCCCCAUCCCUGCCUGUGCUACUACGUCCACAUCGCCCCACACCCGCCGCCGGCCCACACGGCGAUGUCGGCGACACUCGCUCCACGGUCUCUGAACUUUGCACCACCCACCUUGUGCCCCAGCCGGACGACGGCCUCUAAGCUGCCGCCUGGCCCCCGCGUCACCCACACCUCGGGCGUGCCUCACCCGGCCUGCUGCAACUCGAUGGCGUCACCAUGUUACGGGGCCGCCUGCGGCAUGGGCGGCUACACCUGCAGAGCCAUACCCCCCGUCACCAGCAGGGGGUGCGCUUUCAGCGCAGGGUGCACCGGAUGCUCCCAUGCCAUCAAAACAGAGACGUACUCCUCUCCUCAGGGUGACCACAGCCCCUCCAUUCUGGCGCCGCCGUCCUUGCCUCUCGCCAGCUGCCCUUUAUCCAGCGUGCCCACUUCCACCCAGACUACUAACCCCCACCUGCUCACCCCACCGUCAGGGCGCGAGCAGCAUCAGCAGCAUCGGCCGCCACCCCGGGCACGGCUAAAAGCGGCCGCCGACCUCCCGUCCGCCGCCUCCGACGGAGACCAAAGCUCCGGGCCUCGGUCACCUCAGCAAAAGAGAAUCAGCCGCAGACGUGCCACCAACGGAUGGCGGCCUGUGGGGGUCCCCACGGAGAAAGAGGUUUUCAUCGCGGGGGAGGACGAGACGGCACCCAGGCAGUGCUACGAGGGCGUGGAGAGGGACGGCGAGGUGAUCCGCGUUCGAGACACGGUGCUGCUGCGCUCGGGCCCCAGGAAGAAGUCCCUGCCUUACGUGGCCAAGAUAUCAGCGCUGUGGGAGGAUCCCAAAACCGGGGAGCUGAUGAUGAGUCUUUUCUGGUACUACCGACCGGAGCACACGCAGGGAGGCCGAGACCCCAGCACACACUGCGAGAACGAGAUCUUUGCCUCUCGACAUCAGGACGAGAACAGCGUGGCCUGCAUUGAAGACAGAUGCUAUGUUCUCCCGCUAGCCCAGUACUGCAGAUAUUGUGCCUUGAUGAAGCGUCGUUCCGAAGGUGCCCUACCCGACGGCAGCGUGGUGCCCCGCUGUCCGGACUUUGCCCCGCCCUCCCACCGCUGUGUGCCCACAGAUGUGGACCCCGAGCUGGUCUACGUCUGCCGCCACGUCUACGACUUCCGCUACGGACGCCUCCUGAAGAACCUGCAGUAGAAGUGGGAUGCGGCAGCAAUCUUGUCUUUCCUGCGGUAUUGUCAUUACUAGGCAUGGGACGGUAUCGGAUUGUCACGUUAUGAUAACCAUGAGCAAAAAAUCUCGUGCUUUCAUGGUAUUGCAAUUACAGCUCUAAGAUUUUUCCAUUGAACGUGCUCCGUAGGUGCAUUAGUGAAUAUAACAAGAAAAGAAACUCUUGAAUUUCUCAGCAAAUGAGUAGCUACUUCUCUGCUCUUUACAGCUCCGUGAAGUUAUGUCAGCGUGGAAACUAACUGAUACGUUAGCCAUCCUAGUUAGCUCGCUAUCUGCCCCGGUAGCGAGUCUAUCGUAUUUAUUUCCUCAAUUGUAGACACGCUCCGUCUCAGAACUGAUUCCCAAAAUUCAUUUCAGGACAGUGUUGGAUUCGUAUAUCAUCAGCGUUAGCUCGAAUUUGACGGUGCGAUCGGCGGUGCUCUCGUAAAUAUGAUAUCACAUUGCAAGUAUUGCCUUCAAUACUUCAACACUUCAUAAGCACGUUUUGCAUAUCCUUCCGAGCUUUUUUGACAGCUUGCAAAAGUUGUCGGGCUCACUGACCAACAAUGGGAGGGAGGAAAAAUCGUGUCAUUUCUCCGGCACCGAUGACUCAUAUUAAAAAAAACAGCUCAUACCGCUGAUGGAAAGAGUAAGUAGUUCUGAAUUAUUUUGAAACCAUGCUAUACCUUGAACCUGGUAACUGGCCCAUGCCUAGUCAUUACAGAUGUUAAGAUUAAAGCAACAUAAACUCUGUGCGGCGGGAACAUUUACAUUAUAGCGACAGCGCUUACGCCGGCGUCGUGUACGGUGGUGACAUUGCGACCAUGCUGCGGCAACAUUGCCGUUGCGCGCGGCGGUGAUGAUGCUGCGACAUUGCCGAUGUAGGCGUCGGGGUGACAUUGCUGACGUUGAUGUCGUUGCGGCGACAUUGCUGACGUUGGUGGCAGUGACAUUGUCGUUACUGCGACAUUCCCAACUUUGGCGAUGCAGCGACAGAAUUGAUGUCGCACUGUUGAGGCACUCAUGAAUGAAUCAUGCCGUCACCACUGGGGGUAAGGAACCGACAAGUGAUGCUAAUUCUAAGGCCCUGUGACUGACAGGAGCUCAACAAAAUCGAAUUUUCAAUUUGCAGCAAGUAGCAAGUGGCCCAAAAGUUUUUUUUCACCCUGGUCAACCCCCCAAAGGAAUGAUGAUGUGUGGAAAAAGCAAAGCACAGAGCUCUAUAGCCAGCCGAAGAGGUUACAUUCAAAUUGUUGUACAACGUCUCGGUCAGGUCGCUUGUAUUUUCUGCUUCCAUUGAAUCGGACGCGCACACCACCCCCCCCCCCCCCCCCCCCCCCCCUUCCCCCUUGCCUGCCAGGCAUGCUGAGCACCAGGCCGAUUUGGGCGACUGUCUAUCGCAUGUCUCCCCCCCCAAAGCACCUUAACACCGUGUUUGUUCCGUUUGUAAGCCAGUGGCGUAGGUUCCAACACUGAACCUCUUCUGAAGGAGGAGCUAAUGGACAGUUGUGUGUGUGUGUGUGUUUGUGUGUGCGUGUGCGCACGUGUUGUCAGUGUGGACAAAUGUGGGAAUGUGUGGAAGUUUGUUUUUUUUCGUUCCAGAGAGGCUUUCAGGCAAUCAAACCAAACAAAAGCAGUUUUUUUUACAUGAAGCCAAUCCCUCGGCGCUGCUCACUCUGUCUGACGGUUGUUUUUAAUAGUUUUUGUUUUCUCUUCUCUCCGAACGUUUAUCCACACAAUCUUCAUGUCAGACCAAAGUCCACACAAGAUGUCUCACUAACUUCAGAUAGCAUCUCCUGGGUGUCUUUUUUUUUGUUGUUUUUUUGUUUUUCCCCACAAAAGGGUCCAACAGUGAAAGAGCUUAGUCAUGCAGUUUUUCGCAACCUUUAUUGAGCCAAUGCACAUAUUUUAAUGACAAAAAUCUCACAGCACAUCACCAAACACUACUUAAAUAAUGAUGAUGUCUGAUUGACUUCACAGAUUGAUUGGCAGUUGAACACAAAGCUAAUAUUCAAUUGUGUGAAUGUGUGAAAUUUACCUUCUGCUAUCUAGUGGAAGAGCGUCAUUAUAUUGAAUCUUUCUGCCUGCCACUGUACAGUACGUUGCUGACAUGGAUGAACAACAAUACAUUGUUUGUUGUAAAUAAAUAAUCAUUUGCGGAGCAGUCAAAUGAAAUUGAAUAAUUUCCUAUGGCUGUGCAGUAAGUGCAAAAUUGAAUGAACUAGACCUGGAAACACAAGCCAGAUUUUCCGUUUCAAAAUACAUUGCUUGAUUUUAUUAUAAUUUUUUAAAUAUAUAUAUAUUUAAUAUAAUACGAAUUGAUAAAUGCAGCGUCAAAUUUGACGUUGAAAAACUUUGCUGCCGAUGAUUCGAUUGCUUUGGUCUGAACGCCCUACCGUCUUCUAGCUUUAGCAUCUGGUUCGAAAGCCUUGUUAAAAUUGCACUAAACCGUUCCUAAAAACCAUUUUGUGGUCGGGCAGGAAGAGGGACGUCGUAAAGAUGUCUGCUUUUGUUACAAUUGUACCACUGCUCCAAUGGGUCGUAUAUGACUGAAGCCAUUCCUUAUGAAAAUAUAGUACUUAGUAUUUUAAGCCAUUGUUGUGCGUUGGAGUGAGCAUGAAUCUGGCCCCAAUCAGAUCCUGAUCAUGUGUCGUAUUGAUCCUUAUGAAGCCCUCAUUAAGUCAGAAUAUUUGAAGUUACUUUCCUAUUAUGGCACAUGCAAUAUAUUUUUAGAUAACUAGUUUAUCCUCUGUGGGCUGUAAAGCAACUUAACAAUUGUAUUUAAUUUCAUUGACAUUUUCUGUGAAAUUAACAUUAUAAAAAAAAAAACUAAGUGUACAUAUUUAAUCCAAGCACUGUUUGAAUAGACACAUAGUGUAGUAUUUUUGCAAGAUCUGUAUUAAUUCUAUUUAUGGUAAGGAUAUUUAAAUGGAGUCAAGUGUAUAAUAUACUUAAAGGGUCAAUUUAACUUAUUGGGGGCAUGCUUUGUGGAAUUGAUGAUCUGCUUUGAUGGAUGGAAAUUCUUUUUUAAUGUAUACAAUAAAGCGAAAUUUUUUUGUUUUUUUCAUUAAAAAAAAAAUGCAUCAUGAAUAAACUAUACAACUAACAAAAUAAUCAUCAGUAUGCACUUACGGAGGUGCAGCAAGCACAAACCUCACUGAAUGAAAUUUACGACAAACAAAAUGCACAUCGGUCAUUAUCACUAUUGGAGGAAAUUUUCAAAUUCCCUUCUCAGGGGGGGAAUUUUUUAUUUUAUUCUAUUUUUUUAAAAUAAACUCUUCCACCAGAAUUGUCAUACCAACCCACACGCUCUCAUUUCACAGCCUUCGUCUUGUAACUGAGGAUGAGAGAUGAGAUGUUUCUUUUUUUUCUUUUUUGUCAUGUCACACAGGAAGUGUUGGGAGUCAAAAUGAAAGCAUACUGCGGUCCGCACCGAUGCUUCUCGUGGACGUUUAUUUUGAUAUAUUUGGAAAAAGCGUUGGUGCGGAAGGGAUAUAAAAAUGAAUAACAACAAAAAAAUGUUUAGAUAUUUUUGCAGUAGAGCUGUGUCUAUCAGAUAUUAUUGUCACUUUUUUGUCGCUCCCUGAAAGAUCUGUUGGAUUAAUGUAACAUCCCUACUGAUUUUAAUGUUGCAUUGAAAGAAUAUUUAUACAUUUUAAUGAAGUGCUUUGUGAAAAUUCUGUCUCCGCCUUUUUUUUUUUUCCUCCAUUCAACCCAGGAAUGCUCACACUACAAAAUUCUUUAAAAAUUUAGAUUCUAUUUUUUCUGAAGACUUGAUAAAGACUGGAAAGUGUUUUAAACUACGAAAAACAAAAAUGCAUAAUUUGUCUCCAUUCAGUAUAAUGAAGGCCUUAAUGAAGAAUUGUCUUCCCACCCAUCAAAUGUGUAACUAAACAACCAAGUUAUUGUUUUACCUUUCUUUAAAAAGACACCACGUUUCUCUGUCCAUGACUUGAUCAGUGCCUGAAGAUUCAGAGCCACUUUCAAGCAACUACAUAGGCUGAACCACUCAUGCAGAAAUGCCCGCAUCACCAACAGGUGCGACACCCCUGGAAUCAUGUCAAAGCCAAAAGGUAAGCGGAGCUGCAUUGAGUUUUGUUGGAUGCACAUGUUAGCGUUGGUUU